CCCGGCGGGCGCGGUGAAAAGGCGCCCGCGAUGCGCGGAGCCCGCCCGGCAGCACCGGCAGCACCGCUGAGCUGAGGUGGCUGUGCCCAGGAGCUGUCCAGAAAUGCCUCCUGCGCUGCCGGGGCUGGGGUUCCUCCUGCUGCUGGGGUGGCAGGGAGCUGCUGCUGCUGGGACGGAGCUGUGCUCCAGCUCCCCCGUUGAUGAAUCUGCCGUGUGUGCCUCGGUGCAGAGUGCCAGCCAGGAGCAGCUCCUGCAGGUGGCCCGAGGCCAGAGGUCCCCGUGCAGCCUCACCUUUGGCCAGCUCGCCUGUGCCCAGGGAACUUGGCUCCAGGACCUUCAGGAUGAUUUCCUCAUAUCCUUGUAUUCCUGCCUGGCCUCUAAGCCUCCCACAGCUGUGGAUCCAGAAUAUUCCACCCUGUUCUUUUCCAAAUACGAUGCCGGGAAGCUUUUGGCCUCCCUGACCCUCUUCAGCCAGCAGUUUUCCCGCGUGCCCCUUUCCCUGGAGUGGAGCCUGGUUUUGAUGAACGGUCUGUGGGAGAGGCUGCUGGGGGUGCCGGGGAUUGAGACCCCCCCAGUGCUGCUCCAGUGGCUCCACCGGGGGCUCCGGGCACUCCUGGAGCAGCCCCGGAUCUUCGGCUGCCUCCGUGCCAAGGAUGUGUCCUGUGAGGAAUUCCAGCUGCUGGUGGCUGCUCUGGAUGGAAUCUAUUCCCAGCUCCCUGUGGAGGAGCAGAGGAAUCUUUACUCUGGGAUCAAGCAUUUCCUCACCCAGGAUGGAUCCAGCCAGAAAUGCUACAGUGAGGCUGAUCCUGCUCUGAAUUCCACCUCCUGGUUCCGGAAUUACCUGGGGUCCUUCCUGGAGCACACCACCGUGGAGGACCUGCAGCUUUUUGGGGAUGAGCCAACACUUCAGAAAUUUGCCAGGGAUCCGGUGAACAUGGAGAUGGUUGGGAACCUCACCUUGCUGAGGGAGACUGCUCUGUACUACACCCUGCUGCUGACCUCUGCUCCUGCUCUUCCACUCGCCAGCCUCCCGGACAGGUUGAUUUGUUACCUGAGCCCCGGGGCCGUGAGGAGCCUGAGCAGGGAGGAGGCGCUGGCGCUGGCGCAGAGGCUCGGCAGGAGCUGCCCCUGGAGCAGGGGCACACCUGGACGGCAGGUCGCGUCCUCCCUGCUGAGGGAGCUGGGGGAUUUCUCCCCGGCAGAGCUGCGGGCCUUGGGCCAGGCUGCCCUGGGGCUCUCGGUGUCCAGCAUCCAGCGCAGCCUCCCCGAGGGGCGCCUGGAGGCAGCGCUGCCCGCCCUGGGGCGCGUCCGCGGCUGGAGCGCCGAGCAGGCUGCGGCCAUCGCGGAGAGACUGCUGCGCUCUGGCUACCAGAUCCUGGAUGGCCGGAGCCUGGCAGAGCUGGGGACAUUGGUGGGUGGCCUCAACAGCAGCACGCUCCGCAGUUUGUCCCCAGAAGUUGUCCUGGAGGCCAUCCAGCUGCCAGGCUUCGCCCAGCACGUGGACCUGCUGCCCUCGGCUCUGAAAAGGGCCCUGGUGGAAAAGGUUUCCUCCAGAGUUGACCACCCCGCUGAGCUGGUUAAACUCAUUCCCAACGCUCUGGCCAGCUACAUCCCAAAAUCCCUGCUUGUUUUUGGGGAGGAGAAGCCAAAUGUGCAGGAUCUCAACGAUAAACCAUGGACCAGAGACCAGGCUGCCAUGUUCUUCGCUGAUGUGGUGAAGGCAGAGCCUGACUUCAACAGGCUCUCCCAGUCUGUGCUCCAGGGCUUCACCUGCGCCGCUGCCAGCGCCGUGGGAGCAGGAAGGUUCCAGGAGCUGGCCAAAGCCAUGCGGAGGAAGGAGGUCAGGCUGGGACAGGACCAGCUGAGCUGCCUGCUGAAGAUGGUGACCCUGCACGGGAUCCCCGAGGAUUUGGACACUUAUCCCAAAGAGCUGCUGCUGUUUUUAAGCCCCUCGGACUACGCAGGGAGCUGCAGGCAGUUCUUCCUCAGAGCUGGGAAGGCAAACGUGGAUGUCCUGCCCAGAGAGGCCCCUCAGAGGCAGCAGCUGCUCCUGGAGGCGCUGGAGUGUCUGGGAAUUCCUGGCACACAAAUCAAUGAGGAGCAGGCUGCGGUUCUGGGCCGGCUGCUGUGUGACCUCAGUGGGGACCACAUCAGGAGCUCCGGGGGGAGGCUGCUGGAGGAGCUGAGCCAGUGUGGAUCUUUCCUGCCCGAGCAAGAAGAGGCCAUCAGGGACGUCCUCAGCAGUGGCAACACCACCUUUGGGCCUCCUGCAGCGUGGUCAGCCCUGACCCUGAGCCAGCUGGGCGGGCUGAUCCCCGUGCUGGAUCACAGCAUCCUGCAGCAGAUCCCCAAGAAGGCUUUGGGCACCUGGCUGAGGAACUUUGCCUGGGAUUCCCCCCUGUCCAGGGAGGAGCUGGCCGCCGUCGUCGCCGAGCUCCUGCCCCGCCGGCACAAGCGAGCGGAUGCAGGUUGCCCACGUGACCUGGAGAUAACAGAGGCAGUUCUGGACGAUGAGCUGAUGCCUGCCUACUACACCCCCGAGGAGCUGCGCGCCUGCCUCCGCAACGUGUCCCUGGAAAAUCGCCUCUCCCAGAUCCUCACCUACCCCUUCAGCAUCCCGCAGCUGGCUGUGCUGAAGGAAUACCUGUACGAGAGGUAUCCCAAUGGUUUUCCCGAAAAUCUGCUCUCCAGCCUGGACCCUCUCCUUCCCCUCAUCACCCCGGAGGAGAUUUCCACCUGGAAGAUGAGCUCAGCUGACGUGCUGGCUGCCUUCCUGAAAAGUGAGCCCUCGGAUGCCCUGGCCUCAGCAGCCAUCAAACGCUACGUGGAGCUGGGCAAUGCCCUGAAUGCCACGGCCCUGGAUGCCAUUGGCACGAGAUACGUGUGCCUGCUGAACGCCACCGAGCUGGGCGCCAUCCCCCCCGCCAGCCUCAGGCUGGUGUCUCUGGAUCCUUCAGCCUGUUCACAGGAGACGAAGAACCUCUUGUACCAGAAAGCCAAAGAGGCUUUCUCUGACCAGCACCGUUUACCUGCUUACUACGAGCUGAUCCUGCCUUACCUGGGGGGGGCUCCUGCUGCAGACCUCAAGGCUCUCAGCAAGGACGACGUGAACAUGAACAUCUCCACCUUUGUGACUUUGAGGAGAGAGUCUCUGAUGUACCUGACACCCCGCGAGGUCCAGGGCCUGCUGGGGGUGAACCUGCCCCAGCUGGCCCAGUGGCAGAGCAGGGCUCCUGUCCGGGACUGGAUCCUGGUGCAGAAGCAGUCGGAGCUGGACCAGCUGCACAUCGGGCUCACGGGGGGCACGCAGGAGGGCUACAUCAACAUCGUCACCCCCAGGUUCCCAGCACUGUCCUCAGCCCCUCUGGGGGCCGUGGCCACGGCGUUCCCCCUCCUGCCUGCCCUGCUCCUCAGUCUCCUCGUGGGGUUUGUCCUGUCCUGACCUCCUCGUCCCACCAGGACCCAGGGGACCAGCCUGGGACCUGCUCUGAGACCUGGCACGAGGAGUGCCCAGAGCUCCAGGCAGCUGGCACCAGCCCAGGACUCACUUUUAGGUACUUUUGGCUUUCAAAUCAAUUGGAAACAAACCCCAGUUUUGUCUGAAGAGAAGAUUCCAGACUCACUGACGCAGGAUCUUUGCCUUUGGGACAGCCCAAGCCCAGCUCAGCCCCAAACCACUGCUAAACCCAAUCUUGGUGCUGGGUUUAAGGGUGAGUUCUGCAGGUUAAAAAUGACAUUUCUCAGAGCCUGACCUCGUGACACUGCCAAGACCUCAGGGUGGGAGCGAAGUUUUCCAGCUGCUUGUAAAGAAAUCCUGGAACUGAGUAAAAAUGCCAGAAGCAAA